AUGAGUAAGGAUAAUUAUAAAGAAAAUGAAAUUCAAGUUGAAUCUGAACUUGAUAAAUUAAAUAUUUCCGACAAUGAUUCAAGUUCAGUAAACAUCAACCAUGAAAAUUGUUAUAACGAAAAAGAUAAAAGACUAUGGUGUAAAGAAUGUGUUCCUCGUUGCAUAAUUGAAGGAUGGACCAGUGAAAAUCACGAUAUUGAUGAAUUUAUCAAGGAUACGAUUUAUAAUGCAAAGAUAGAUGAUGAAGAUAUUGAUGGUUAUCCAUUAUUUCUUGAAUGGGUACCAUUUAAUAGAUUUGAGGAUAUAAAAAAAAUUGGGGAAGGUGGAUUUGCUGAAGUAUAUUCUGCAACAUGGGUUGAUGUUGAAUAUUUAAAUGAGCUUCAAAUACAUUGGGAUUAUUGUAGGGAAAACAAUAAUUUGCUAAAAUUUUAUGGAAUGACAAAAGAUCCAGUAACCAAAGAAUUUAUGAUGAUUGUUCAAUUUUCAGAAAUGGGAAAUUUAAGAAGUAUACUUUCAAAAGAUUUUAAUAAUAUUUUAUGGAAAGAUAAAAUUACGUCCUUAUUUAAAUUAUCUUUUGACCUUGAUAAAUUACAUAAUAUAGGAUUUUGUCAUAGGGAUUUUCAUAGUGGAAAUAUAUUACAAAUUUAUCAUAAAGAUUUAAGGGUCAAUACUUCCUAUAUUUCAGAUUUUGGAUUAUCAGGACCAUUGAAUAAACAAAAAUCAGAUGGUAAAAUAUGUGGAGUGUUGCCAUAUGUUGCUCCGGAAGUAUUAAAUAAAGAGCCAUAUACAACAUCAUCUGAUAUCUAUAGUUUUGGUGUAAUUAUGACGGAAUUAUCAUCCGGAAAACCACCCUUUCAUAAAAGAAAACAUGAUACUAUCUUAGCAUUAGAAAUAUGUAAUGGACUCAGACCAGAAUUUGGAAAAGGAACUCCUGAAAUUUAUAAAAAAUUAGCUUAUAGAUGUAUGUAUGCUAUUCCUGAUCAAAGGCCAACAGCAAACGAAUUAUUUGAUAUAUUACAAGUCUGGUAUUUAUCUUGUACUAAUAAUGAAGAAGAAAUUAAAGCCAUAUUUGAAGAAGCUGAUAAAGAGAUACCAAAUAUUUCAACUACAUAUGAAAAGAAUCCUGAUGCCGUUUAUACUAGUAGAUUAUUUACAUUUAGUAAUUUGCCAAAACCCAUUAAUUCACCUAUCAUUACUUCAUAUCUAAAUGAAGAAGAAAAUAAAGAUUGCCAAGAUUCACAAUUACUUGAUUUAGAGGUUCCUAGCUCAUCGCAAUCAAGAGAGAUAGUCAAUGAAAAUAGUUCUUGA